GCUUCUGGGCUCUGCAGGCUCAGCUCUCUGCAAACCUCUCCCCCAGCGACGCCAUGAAGCUCUGCGUGUCUACCCUCUCUCUCCUCCUGCUUGGGGCUGCCUUCUGCGCUCCAGGGCUCUCAGCACCAAUGGGCUCUGACCCUCCUACUUCCUGUUGCUUCUCUUACACCUCUUGGAAGCUUCCUCGCACAUUUGUGGUAGAUUACUAUGAGACCAGCAGCCUUUGCUCCAAGCCAGCUGUGGUAUUCCUGACCAGAAAAGGCAGGCAAGUCUGCGCUGAUCCCAGCGAACCCUGGGUCAACGAGUAUGUGAAUGACUUGGAGUUGAACUGAGCUGCUCCAGGCUCAGGACAGGAGCAACCUCUUCAGGAAAAACCUCCCAAGUCCUGGAACUUCUCAUUAAGAAGAACCUUGCUCCUUACAUUCAGAAUUUACGUCCCAUUUCUUAAUUUAAAUCUUUAUGUAGACUUUGUUAUUUUAUUUGGUAUUAUUUCUGUUAUUUAUGUUUAGUGAAAGGACAUG